UUCUCUAGCUGGAGCAUGGAUGCAGACCAGCUCUGACAUAUAUUUAGGUGCCAGCCCAUGUAGAGAUUUAAAAGUAAACAACAGGAUUUUGAAUUUAAUUCUAAAAACCACAGGAAGCCAGUGAAGAGAGGCCAGGACAGGGGUAAUGUGGUCAUAUCGCCUUUUCCCAGUGAGGAGGCGUGCAGCAGCAUUUUGGACCAUUUGCAGGCGACGGAGCAGACAUUGGUCCACACCAAAGUAAAGAGAAUUACAGUAGUCUAGACGGGACAUUAUGAACAGGUGAAUGACUCUUUCAAAGUCCUUUGGUGGGAGAUACAGCUUUACUUUCGCUAGGAGUCGCAGCUGGAAGAAGCUUGUUUUCACGACUGAGCUUAUUUGCUUGUUAAAUUUAAAACCAUUGUCGAAAAUAACUGAGGUUUCUGACAAAAGGGCAGCUGUAGGAGGCAAGGGGACCAAGAACACUGUCGAUGCCAUCCAGUAGUUUGGAUUGGCCAAAAACAAUUAUUUCGGUUUUAUUAUUGUUUAGUGUUAGGAAGUUAAGUUCCAACCAGGUUUUCACAUCUUUCAGACAGUUUGACAAUGCAUUUGUGGAAGCCUUGUUUGAUUUGAAUGGCAGUUAGAUUUGAAGGUCAUCUGCGAAGCAAUGGAAAGAAAUGUUGUGUUUUUAAAAAAUGGAACCUAGGGGAAGCAAAUAUAACGCAAAAAGAAUUGGAGAUAAAAUAGAGCCUUGGGGGACCCCACAGACUAGUGGGGCUGCAGCUGAGGAGUACUGGCCUAGAUGAACAGAGAAGGUUCUCUUUGACAGAUAUGACUUGAACCAUUUUCCAGUAAUACCAACACAGAGUUCCAGGCGGGAUAAAAGAAGCUGGUGGUCGACUGUGUCAAAAGCAGCAGUCAAGUCUAAGGCCGAAUCUCGAUUCUUCCCCUUGCCCCCUUUGCUUUGUCUUAACCCUAGCACUUGCAAGUGUAAGGGCCAAGGGCUGAGAUCUUUCCCCUAUGAAAUGAGACGCCACUCGGUUUCGGGUACGUCACUUGGUUUCGGGUACAUCAUCAUUCAUCGUCGCCAGCUGGCUGCCCCGUCACCAGAGCGCCGAAACAACAAUAAAAGCCAGAGAAGAAGAGCGCCGGAAUCAAAUCACUUCGAAGAUGCCGUCUGCAAGUGCGUGCGUGUCCAUUGCGAUGUUUUUGGUUCUUUUUUUGCGAUUGUCUGCAAGAAAUCGCAGACUUCAAGCAAGGAGAAGAGGUCUACGACGCCUCCAAGUACUGUUGGAUGAAACUUUGACUGGUGCUCCGGCCAGAUACUGUGCCUUAAACCUGAACAUGCCUGUACUGCGCAUUUGGUUGGAUGUGGAGUCAGAGCUGAGGCAGGAUUUCCGCCUCAGCACAACAGCAAUGCGCAGUUUACAGAGGCUUUUGCACAGGGAGCAGGACCAUGGCUGGGGUAAUGAUUUGGAAGUCCUCAUCUACACCUAUUGGCUAGCACAUGGACUCUCUUACCGGGUGGUGUCCCGUGUCUGCAACGUGCCAAAGCCUACAGUUCACCGCAUCGUCCACAGAGUGGCCCAGAACAUAUUGGACAAUCUGGGCAGAGCAAUCAGCUUUCCUCCAACAGCGAACCUGCCCGCAGUUGGUCAGGGAUUUGCUAACAUUUCGGGAACCCCUGCAUUCCACAAUGUGGUUGGAGCUAUCGACGGCAGCCACAUCCGAAUCAAACCUCCACAGCAUCAAAGAUUAGACUAUUUGAAUUACAAAGGUUUUUACUCAGUAAACAUGCAGGCAAUAUGUGACUCUAAUGGGAGGUUUCUGGACAUUUAUGUGGGGUACCCGGGAUCUGUCCACGAUACACGUGUUAUGAAAAAUAGCACUUUUUAUACUGCAAGACGGUAUCCCCCAGCGGGCUACAUCCUUCUGGGUGAUGGUGGGUAUCCCUGUCUGGAAACUCCAAUUUGCCUCAUCACUCCAUUCAAGGAGCCAGUGCAAGGACAAGUACAGCAGAGGUUCAAUUACCACCAGGCAAAGGGGCGCAGCAUAAUUGAGAGGGCGUUUGGAAUGAUGAAGACCAGGUGGAGGUCGACACUUUUCAAGGCUUUAGAGGUGAAGCCCACAUUUGCACCACAGGUCAUCGCUUCAUGUGCCUUUUUGCACAAUGUGUGUAUGGACAAUGGUGACACUCUGGUUCCAGAUGAGGACAUUUUAGGAGAUCGGCACGACCCCCAACCUCCCCGUGAACCCAUGGCAUACAACGAAACCUCUGGGAAUGAUGUCAGAAACAGACUGGCUGCCCAAGUUUCAGGCAAUGCACAAGCCCCAUGAUGAUGACAAUUGUCAUAUGUAUAUAUGUAUAUAUUUUACAUUUCUUUUGUGUUCACGUUGGUGGUGGUGGUGGUUGUUUUUUUACAUGAGUGUAGAUGUUAUCUGUAUAAGUCUGAUUGCAAUAAAUCAUUUCAUACACAGUGCAUAGUGUUUUGUGUAUCUGUUUGUCACCAGUCAUCUGUUUUGAAUGGCAUUAAUGUUCAGAAACACUUUGUAAACAAAAUUAUUUUUUAAUAAAAUUAACAUAAACAUAACGUAACAAAAAUAUAUAUGUACAACAAUAACGACUGAACUGCAAAAAAAGAAACAAAUGAACAAACAAAACCAAAAUAACCCCUACAUUUUGUCAACCAUUUUUUCAAAAAGACUCAAGAGACGGUCUGUUUUCUCCUGACUUUCUGUGUGCCGUCUUUUCUCCUCUUCGUUUCGCCUCUCCUCUUUUGCUGAUUCCUCUACUAGGAAUUCCAGUACUGGAUUUUUUUUAUUUUUUUUUCUGAGUGAGGGAGAUGGGGAGCCUGUCGCUGCAGGGGGGCUGGCUGCAGAUGGGCUGGCUGCAGAGAGGCUGGCUGCAGAGGUGCUGGCUGCAGAGAGGCUGGGUGCAGAGGUGCUGGGUGCCA